GAUUUAUACAAGGUCGCUCGCUCUUUCUAUUGAUUUUAUCACCGGUAUUUUAUCGUGUGUAUUAUAACACAGUACGCGCAAAGAUCAAAACUGCAGAGAGAAUACUUUGGCGGAGAGCUUGACUCAGCUACAAUCAUAGGGAAGUGACUGGCGAAGUUUUCAUUUAGGCCCGCAUUUAAGCUUCCACUUCAUCACCGAAUUAAUACUAGGACCACAACUUGCAGUACACUAAACUUGAGCUAGCAGCAGAAUAAGUUAGGAGUAGACCAAAAAGUUAUUCAAACAGCACACCCUCGUCUGUCGUAUCAGUUUAACUUGUUACAUUCAUUUGGUUGUUUCGUUUUGGCUUGGACUCAGAAGUUGGAGCUAGCUGAUUGUUUUUAGUGGAAGUUUGGCCUGAUUUACUCAAUGAUGUACCAAUGGAAAUAUCCGUAGACCUUCGCCAGAGCAUGAUUUAAUAAUUCAGAUUUCUUUGUGGUGAUUAAAGAGGAAGAAAAGACAAGCAACCAUGACUGAGAUUUUAGAUAAUAAUAACACUACGGGACCGGGUGGUGAUGAGAUGACUGUGUUGAAGGUGUAUGAGCUCGCCGCAGAUGCGGGGAGGGAAUGUCAACAGCUAAUCGAACAGUUUGGGGAGGAGAGUGCGAGUAAUGUCACGCUCAAAAUCAUUUCAAUCUUGGAACAUUUGGAACUUCUUGUAAACGAGAAGACAGAACUUGAGAAACAAGUGAGCAGACUGAAUGAAAAACUUCUUGUUUGCCAAAAUGAAUUGUCAAGAAGAACAGAGGAAAAUGCUCAUUUACAGGCAGAUUUGCAAAAGAUGGAGCAGAGGAAUCUUGAAGAUCUAGAGCAAUGGAAGGAAUUCCUGAAUAAGGCAAGGAGAGAAAACAAGGAACUAAAGAAACAAGUUAAUGAGAAGGAAGGCCAAGUCAAACAAGAUAAAGUGAUGGAGCAAGAGACAUUUAAGGUGUUGUUAAAGUUAAAAGAGACGGUGGAUAACCAACGAGAUACAAUACGAGCACAAGAUAAUGAGCUCAGAUCAAGGAAUCAGGAUGUUGAAGCAUUGCAGCAACAGGUUGAUAGACUUGCCAAAGUAAAUAGCAACUUGAGACGGAAACAGGAGCUAGUUGAGAGUCACUCAAGGAACUUGAUCCGUCAGAAGUCCACCCUACAGGUCGAUGUGAUGAGACUUAAUAAGAACCUGAUAGAACAGAAGACUAUGGCAGAUACUGAUGAUAUUGAUGGCACUAUGAAGGAUACUCCUCAGGUAGACAAUAAAGACGGAGAGAAUAAGGUGUGUUUUGAUCCUCGGGAUCCUGAUCGACCUCGUUUCACUUUGAAUGAACUCAAGAAGGUUCUUAUAGAGAGAGAUGAGAUGCAUCUUAAAGUAGUAGCUUUAGAAGAAGAACUGGAAAGUUACAAAUCUGAAGAAGACCAGACAGGAUCCAUGGCAAAUACUCCCUCAUCGUGUCAUCAAGAAGAAAACUCUGGCAAAAACAAGCCAUCAGGAAUCAGAAAAUUCUUUGCGAAUCUAUUCAGAGGGAAAGACAAGACAGACGUGGAGGAGGAAUUGAAAAAAUGGGAAAUACUAGACCUUGAAGAGGAUGAUUUGAUUGCAUCCAGCCAAGAUCCUCUUAGUCAAUCUGUCCAAUUAGAAAGCAGUAUUACACCAGGAGAUAGCCAAGCUGAGAGACCGAGAAGACAUUCAGAUAUCACUCCAAGUCGUAAUAAUAAUAAUAAUGAUGCAACGUCAGGCAAGAAAAAUGAUAGUUGGUUCUUUGGAUCUAAAUCACGAUCUUCCAGCACCACAAGAGAGAUGCUAGUGAUGACAUCACCAUGGAAACCUAAAGCUUCUUCAUCACCUAGAUCGUCAUCACCAAGUGAUCUUCCAUUACCAAGGGAAACCCCUCCACCUGUCAAACCCAGUCGAGAUGAUGAUCAUGAUGAAGAUCUUACAAACUCAUAUUCUAUUGACGCUGAUUUAAUUCCCAUGCAAGCAAUGAUGUUCAAUAUCUAAGUACUGCUGUGUUACUACCCACAGAAUGAAGGUCACAUGUACUCAAAGUUGGUUUAUUCUAACUCAAUAGAGAAAGUUUUAGCAUACCUUUGAUACAUCUAUUCUCUUUUUUACAAACACACUAACGUUUUAUUUGUCAUAAGUGUUAACUGUUAUGUCUAUAUUUGUCUUUUCUGCAUAGUGAAAUAUAGGCAAUAUCAAUAGUGAUCAUGGUGUAGUGGUUCUGACUCUUUUCUUUCAAUUACAGUGUUGAUGGUAUGAAUCCUACACAAGGUGUUCAUAUCCUUCAGCAAGAAAUCAGUCCACAAUGUGCUGCUCUCAACCCAGGUGAUUAAUUGUUAUCUGACAGUAGGGUAUCCUUAAUAUGCUCCUUUUAACGCAGCUACAGCUGGGGUAAUGAUAUAACAUUCUGUAUUAAGCACAGUAGACUAGUUCUUUAUCAUCAUAUACAUUGAAACAAAACCUAUAUGUUCAUAUUCCAUGUAACCAGCAUAAUGAACUAAGUACAGAAUAUUGUUUCAAAGAAUGUGACAUAGUUUCCAGUUCACAAAACCAGGAUUAUUGCCAAUCAAGAAUUGUGUAUAUGAGACCCACUGAGGUCAUUCCAUUUGUUUUCUGUUCAUCACUUGAUAAUGGGUUUAAAUUACAAAAAAUUACAAGGAUGAAUUUCUUAAGAAUAACUCAUAUAUCAUUCAUCAAAAUAAAUAUUAAUGUUUGGCAUAUUAUCUUCUAUUAUAGAUUUGUCUUUAGCUGAAAUAUUUCCAUUAUCUUAUUGCAAUAAAGUUAAGGCUUGUUUUUUGUUGUACGUAUUUGUCCGUUUUCAGAUUUACUGUUGUGAAGAACUGUUGUUGUUUUUUUAACCUUUUUUUAAGUGCCUUUUACCAUUUUAAGAAUGAAAGGAGCAAUAAUUUCACCAAACUGUCAUAUGUUAAAGAGGCUAUUAUGAUAAAUAUUUUUUAUUUGACAAGCCUGCUAUUAGAUGGUUUAAAUGAUUGAACAUGGUAGAAAAUUGUUUUUCUGAAAUAUUACAUUUUGUUUGACUUAAUGUUAAUACCAUGACUCUCAGCAAAAAGCUAUAUUAUUUUUUUAGUUCAGAAAUAUAUGGGAAAGUGUAUGUAUCAUUGUUAUAUACCCAGGUAGGACAUCUCAUUCAUAUUACACAUUUAUAGGAUAUUUUUCAAUCAUUUUCCAUUGAUAUUCUACAAUAUGCCCUUUACAUGGAAAACAGAGUUAUUGAAAAGUUUAGAUGGCAAAUUGUAUUUUGUCAGAUAGUCUGUCCGUCCAUCCUAUCUUUCUUAUGGAUGACAAAAUGAAAGGUCACAGAUAUCAUUGUAAGAUACGAAUUGAUUUUAAGUCAAUCAUUUAUCAGAUAGAUAUUGAUCAACUUCAACCAAACCUCUUAUACUGACAGAGAGGUAACAAUUUUUUCAUUGGAUUUUAUAUCAGUCUAUUGGUUAUUAUAACAAGAAUAGAGGUCAUUUAGAUAUAGAUUGUUCUUGUUUUGCACUUUAUUCAGAAUAU